AUGUUCAUCUAUAUCCCCAUAAUCUACUGUUUCUUCCCCGAGACUGCGGGCCGCACGCUCGAGCAGAUUGACUUCCUGUUUGCUAGCAAGAGCCUCUUCGUGUGGGAUAAGGAGGAGUUUGCCAGGCGCAAGGCUCAGUUCAAUGCUCAAAUUCGAAAGAUGGAGACUGAGGACGGUGGAUAUACGGGCGACGAGAAGAGAUGCGAGGAGUUUGUAGUAAAGGUCUGA